AUGUCCAGCUCUUCACACAGCUCGUCCCAGCGUGGGCGUAACAACACUUCGACAACCCGAAAUUUGAAUGGAAAGCAACCAGCCGUUGAAGACGACCGCAGCGAUGAAGAGGCACUGUUGGCCGACGACCCACUAGACCCCGACUUGCCGGAACAGUUAUCUUUCAAGCGCAAAUCCAAGGCGCCCACUUCAUCCUUCGCCUUUUCGCGAUACCUCCCAUCGGCCCCCUCAAGUAGCCGCGCGUCGCCGAUUCCACGAUCGCAUCCCACAAACGGCUCCACCGAGCUUAUCUUGAAUUACCUCGAUACUCCUGGUAAUGCAGGCGAACACCUCCAAGACACCAAAGAUGCCAACGGGCAGGAUUGGUACAUUGAGGGGCCAGGGCGCCGAGUAGGAUACGACGAUCUUACGGCCAUCGACUGGAUCUUUGAAUACGCCAAAGAACGUCAACGUCUACGGUAUCUUUACACCGGCACAAGUGGCGUGUUGGGGCAUAUAAAACAACUGGCAGAUGCAAGUCAAGUCUGGAUCAUCUUGGUCGCUGCGGGCAUCCUGAGUGGAGCAAUCGCAGCCUUCAUAGAUGUCGCAAGCGAUUGGCUGGCAGAUCUCAAGACUGGAUACUGUCAUAACGUCGACGGCGAUGGCCAGUUCUACCUAAACAAGAGCUUUUGCUGUUGGGGACACGAGGCGGAGCACGCAUGCCACGAUUGGAACUCGUGGGGUCAUGCAAUGGGAAUCCGUAGUGUGGGUGGGAGAUAUGUCGUAGAGUACAUCUUCUUUGUGCUAUUUUCGGUGCUCUUUGCGGCAUGCGCUAGUUUCUUGGUCCGUGAGUUCUCUCCAUAUGCGAAGCACAGUGGUAUACCUGAGAUCAAGACGGUCUUGGGAGGGUUCGUUAUACGUCAUUUCCUAGGUGGAUGGACAUUGGUCACAAAGACGAUUGGACUGUGCCUCGCGGUCGCAUCGGGUCUCUGGCUGGGCAAAGAAGGCCCAUUGGUACAUGUAGCAUGUUGCUCAGCGAAUCUAUUCAUGAAACUGUUCAGCAACGUCAAUGGCAAUGAAGCCCGAAAACGAGAGGUCUUCUCCGCAGCAGCUGCAGCCGGUAUCUCAGUCGCAUUCGGCGCCCCUAUUGGCGGUGUACUGUUCAGUCUUGAACAGCUGUCAUACUACUUUCCAGACAAAACCAUGUGGAGCAGCUUUGUGUGCGCCAUGGUCGCUGCGGUCACCUUGCAAGCCUGUAACCCUUUUCGCACCGGCAAACUUGUCUUGUACCAAGUCACAUACCACAGUGGAUGGCACGACUUCGAACUGAUACCUUUUGCAUUUACUGGCAUCUUGGGUGGGCUGUUUGGCGGUCUCUUCAUCAAGCUCAACAUGGGGGUUGCCGAGUGGCGCAAAAACCGGCAAUAUCUCAAGGGAGAAGUGACUGAGGUCGUCAUCGUGUCCUUCAUCACGGCACUCAUCAACUUCCCCAUCAAAUUUAUGCGCGCCCAAGCUUCCGAACUGGUGCACAUCCUGUUUGCCGAGUGCGCAGAUCUUACAGAGGAUACGCUCGGACUAUGCAAGUCUGGCAAAGCAAACACGGGAGUCAUUGCCCUCCUGCUUAUCUCGGCGGCCUUGGGAGUCAUAUUGGCGAGCUUUACGUUCGGUCUCCAGAUUCCUGCCGGUAUCAUUCUACCUUCCAUGGCCAUCGGAGGUCUCUUUGGUCGCGCAGUUGGACUGAGCGUGCAGGUCAUUCAGGGAGCUUGGCCAACCCUGUUCGUCUUCAAGUCCUGCGAGCCUGAUGUACCCUGCGUGACACCAGGUACCUACGCUAUUGUUGGUGCUGCAGCAGCGCUUGCAGGAACGACACGUAUGACUGUGUCGAUUGUGGUCAUCAUGUUUGAACUCACAGGCGCACUUACAUACGUACUGCCGAUCAUGAUCGCUGUUAUGAUCAGCAAAUGGAUCGGCGACGCUAUCGCUCCGCGCGGUAUCUACGAGUCCUGGAUCCAAUUCAAGGGUUACCCUUUUCUCGACAAUCGUGACGAAGAUGGUAGCGCCAUUCCAGACGUCAGCGCAAGCCAUGUCAUGACGCGCAUCGAAGACUUGACCGCUAUCACGGCAACAGGUCACACUAUUGGAUCAUUGCGCCAAAUGCUGUCACAAUAUCGAUUUCGUGGCUUCCCUGUCAUUGACAACAGUCGCGACGCUCUCCUGCUCGGCUACAUCUCUAGAACGGAGUUGCAGUAUGCAUUGCAGACGGCUGUGACGCCUCCGCGAGAUUUGGCCGCCGAAACGGAAGCAUACUUUGCACAUCAGCCCCUCUCGGACCCUACAACAUCUCUGGAUCUACGUCCAUGGAUGGAUCAAACACCUAUUACACUCAAUGCCAGAGCCAGCUUUCCAUUGACAGUUUCCAUGUUUCAGAAGCUCGGCCUGCGCUAUGUCCUUUUUACAGAUAGGGGCAUGCUCAAGGGGCUUCUCACGAAGAAAGAUGUUUGGUAUGUCCUGAACGGCAUGGAAGAAGACAAUGAAGACGGUAGUGCAGGCGAAGAUAGCCGUAGAGGCAGACUCAGGGCGGAUGGCGAUGACGACGAAGAUAGUGAAGAAGCAGGGCUACUUAGCACACCAGACGAAGAGCUAGACGUGUCCCUGGGUACACAGGGUAGAUAG